AUGGCUGUUCCCUACCCACCUCAGAGGAGAAUACAAAACCAUGAAGAAGUUUUGAAGUAUAAUGAGUCUGGUACUCACCAAGAGACCAUUUGUUUCAUUUUAUUUUUACCCUAUCUUCUCUACAGAUUCACCAACAACAUAAAAUUCAAAAACCAAACAUCUGUCUCAGAAUUCCUUCUCCUGGGACUGACAGAUGAUCCAGAACUGCAGCCCCUCAUCUUCAACUUAUUCCUGAUUAUCUACCUGGUCACCAUUCUGGGAAACCUGCUCAUCAUCCUGGCCAUCAGCUCUGACUCCCACCUCCACACCCCCAUGUACUUCUUUCUCUCCAACCUGUCCUUCACUGACAUCUGUAUAAGCACAACCACCAUCCCAAAGAUGUUGGUGAACAUUCAUACACAGGAUCAGAGAAUAAGUUACACAGGCUGCUUCUCUCAACUUUGUUUUGCUUUAAUUUUUGGCUGUUUAGAAAAUUGUCUUCUUGUAGUCAUGGCCUAUGACCGCUAUGCAGCCAUUUGUCAUCCCCUGAGGUAUACAGUCAUCAUGCACCCCUACCUCUGUUUCCUGCUGGUUGUACUCUCCCUGCUCAUGGGCAUUGUGCAUGGUCUACUCCACAGUCUGGUGGCACUCCCACUGUCCUUCUGUACAAACAUGGAAAUUCCACACUUCUUCUGUGAACUUGCUCAGAUCAUCAAGCUGGCCUGUUCUGACACCUUUAUCAAUGCCAUGCUGAUAUAUUCAGCAGGAAACAUAGUUUUUGGUGUUCCUCUCAUUGGAAUUAUUUUCUCUUAUGUUAAAAUUGUCUCCUGUGUUUUGAGAAUGCCAUCAGUGGGGGGAAGGUAUAAAGCUUUUUCCACAUGUGGGUCUCAGCUCUUUGUUGUUUCCUUUUUCUAUGGGACAGGUUUUGGUGUGUAUUUGAGUUCUACAUUUAGUAAGUCUUCCAAUAAGAAUGCAGUGGCUUCUGUGAUGUAUAUUGUGAUCCCUCAAGUUAUGAACCCUUUUAUCUACAGUUUGAGGAACAAGGAAAUGAAGACAGCUCUGAAGAGUCUCAUUACUUGGAAGCCUUUUGUUAUGGAAAGAUACUUGAAAGUCCCUCUUCCUAGGCCUGCAGGCCCCACAGGCCCCGCAGCCCUGCACCUGGCCCUGCUCCUGGCCAGAACCACAGAGUCCAAGUGGCCUCCAGAUGGGCCAGGCCUGGCCAGCCUAGCCACUAGUGCUCAGCGGGUUAAGCCAGCUGGAGCCGAGUCCACACACCCUGCCACUCCACUCCCCACUUGCAGCCUGAGCAGGCUGUUGCCUAGACCGAACCAACUGAGACUAGCAGAGCUGCCAGGAGCUGCAUGGAGGAGGCAGGGCGCAGGAGCAGAUCCACACAGAGCUGCUGCCCCAGCCGUGGGGCGCUGA